GCAGAGCGCAGCACCAGGCGGCACGCGGCAGUCGUGUUCGGACAGGCAGGCGGCAGUAUUGUCGGUGUGGGAGCGGGACGCGCCAAGUCCCAUUGUUGUGCGUCGGCAAAGAACGAGGUUCAAAACUUCCACGGCUGUGACCGUUAACCUCUCACUGGGAAUGGCGACGGAUGGACGCUGCUCGCCGAAGGACGGCACAGACGCCGCUACAGUAAUCAAAGACAGCCGUGGACAGCCGUGGGCAGCCGCGCAUAGCAACACGAGCGGCGCAUGAGCGUGCGACCGAGUACAUGAGCAGAGAUCCGGAGCGAUGGGGGGAUGCUGCAGCGGGGGGGAUAAGGUGGAGCCGGCCGACCAGGACACGAAUCUGGAACUUGCCGCCCGUGGCAGAGGUGAGAGGAACCUCGGCCACAAGAGGGGCUGCACUGACGUCUUCUUCCUCCUCCUGUUCAUCGCGUUCACCACCUCGCUGCUGGGGCUGGUGGCGUACUGCGCCGUGCACGGCAGCAUCUACCGCAUCGUGAACGGCUACGACAUCUGCGGCAACGUGUGCGGCCGCAGGAACGCGCCCGAUGACCUGAGGCUGAUAGCGGCCUCCGCCACGCCGAGCGAGCCGUACUGCUACGGCGAGGACAAGACCGCCUACAGGUUGCUGCAGGUCACGCAGGCGGAAGUGACGCCCCUGAACCCCGUCAACCUGAACCGGCAGUGCGUGUCGCAGUGCCUGCCCGACUUUCGAGAAUACCUGAACCGCUGUAUUCCAAAUGCUACACCAACGACCAAACGAACAGUUAUAACAAAAACAGGAAUUAAAAAUUUCUUCCAGGAAGUUUCAGAAGACAUCAACACCUGCUGGAAGGAAAUACUCUACCUCUGCCUCAUUGCACUAGCAUUUUGCAUCGUGAUCAUGAUUCUAUUCCGUUUCCUUGUUGGCAUCAUGGUGUGGGUGAUGCUGGUGGGUGCUACCCUGGCCAGCAUCGCCGGAACGGUGUACUUAUGGAUUCUCUGGAACCAGAAGAAGAAAUCUGCAGCUGAAAAGACAGUCGACAAAGAGACAAAUGGCAGAACUGUGAACGCAUACCUUGCUGCAGCCAUCGUUGCCACCGUUGCAACAGUGCUGAUCCUGCUGGUGAUCCUGGUGAUGAGGAAGCGCAUCGCGCUCGUCAUCCAGCUGUUCAGAGAGGCCGGGAAGGCAAUUGCCAGCAUGCCGUUCCUGCUGUUCGAGCCCAUCAUGACUUUCAUUGUCCUGGGCUUGGCGAUCGCCACAUGGAUGUUUUUCUGUCUCAUCAUUGAAAGCUCUGGGUUUCUGACCAGAGUUGUCGAGGAAAAAUAUUACUACCAGAAGAAUGUGCUGAUGAAGGUCACGAGGUGGUACAACCUGCUUGGGCUGUUUUGGUUCCUGCAGUUCAUCAUUGGCUGUCAGCACAUGGUCAUAGCUGGCGCUGUCUCCAAGUGGUUCUUCACCAGGGACAAGAGCCGCCUGGGCUCGCCGGUCGGCCGCGGCUUCGGCAACCUGGUGCAGCACCACCUGGGCACUGUGGCGCUGGGCUCGCUGCUCAUUGCGGCGGUGCAGCUGCUGCGCGUGGCGCUCACCUUCCUGCAGAACCGCCUCAAGGGCACGGACAACGCCGUGAGCCGCUGCGUGUUCCGCUGCUGCCAGUGCUGCCUCUGCCUGCUGGAGAGGUUCCUCAAGUUCUUCACCAGGAACGCGUACAUCGAGACAGCGAUCCACGGGACGAGCUUCUGUGCGUCUGGGCAGCAGGCGUUCAAGCUGCUCUCGGCCAACGCUCUCAGGGUCGCCGCCAUCAACUCCGUGGGAGACUUUGUGCUGUUCCUGGGCAAGGCCAUGGUCGUGAGCGCCACUGUCCUCAUCGGCGUGAAGAUGCUGGAUGGCAUGGAAGGAAUACACCACCUCUGGAUACCGCUAGUGCUGGUGGGACUGUUUGCAUACAUUGUGGCUGACUGCUUCAUCACAGUUUACGAGAUGACGAUCGACACCAUAUUUUUGUGUUUCUGUGAAGAUUGCGAGGAGAAUGACGGCAUCAGUAGACCGUACUACAUGAGCCGGGGCCUCAUGGAGUUUGUGCAGAAUAGCAAGAAGGUGCUGGGUGUGGAAUCUCGCAGCCCGUCACCCAAGUCGCCUCGCAACUGAACACUAAACAAGUUGCUAUCAAUAUCGCAGUAUUAGUCCGCAUUUACAUUCAUUCCCACAUUAACAAUUCAGAGAGCACUGCCAGACUUGGUACAGUGAUUAUUGUAGUGCGAGCUUGUCCGUAAUCCUUCAUCAAUGUAAAGAAUAUUGUGAAAACGGUUAACUAUAAGGCAAAUUAAGUCAAUCUGAAGUGGAGUCCUGAAAAUCAGAACCCUGGUAAUCAUAAAAUCCAGCUAAUAUGAAUAAGUUUAGGCUGAAAAGUGCUUUAGUAACAAAAAUUUUAAAUUUAUUCUUGAUGUCUUGACCCAAUUAACAACAUGUAUAGUAAUUUUAUACUGGAAAAAAUGUUAGACUGUGUUACAUGAUAACUAAACCCUUAUAGAGAUGAAUUUUACAACACCCUGUUGCAUUAAGGCAAAUUACAUGGCUUCUGAAAAUAUGGAAUACAAAAAGAUUUCUGCCCCAAAUAGUUUGGACUGGCAGGACUCCACUGUACGUCACUUAUCAAGCAGUCUUUUCCGGAAUCAAAAAUUAGUGGAACUGGAUUAUUAGUGUGAGGAUUAAACCAUCACUGGAAAAGUGACUAAGGGCCGGUUUCACCAACGAAGUUUAAGCAAAUUAAUCUCGAUUAGUUUCAAUAUAAACUCGUUUAGUCGAUUGUGCGUUUCACCACAUGCGUAUCUCGAUUUUCCAGAGUAAAGCGAGAUUUUAUAUUAACUGGCCAAGUUCUUCCAGUUUGCGCAGCUAAUCUCGCUUAACGUAUGUAAACAAAUGGCUCGAGCAGCUUACAAUGUUAUAUUUGAAGAAGAAGAAGAUUCGGAUGGAGAAAAAAAAAAAAGGCCACUGCAACCAAAACAAUCAGCAUGAAUGCCAUAAAAACCUUACCUGUGCAUAACGUUUCAAUUCGGUUGUUGGCAUGUAUCUUUCUCGUCAGUUUCUCCCACGACGAUUUCAGCUGGUCUGGCAUUCGGUGGUAUUGAUUGCAAAUCGAAUUGAAUCCGGCCGCAAUAAUCUCCCAUUCUUUCGCCUUCUGCUUUGUGUGACAGCAUCUGUACGACGAUUUUCAAUCACAGAGAAGUGUUCCGUUACCUGAUAUAACAAAACUGUCUUCUCAUGUGGCGAAAGAUUUAGACUUCUUUGUCGCUUUUCUUUAAUUGCAGCUGAAACUGCACCAUUGCCAAUCAUGUUUAUAUGCAAUAUGACAAUUUCCACGGUAUUACUAAUUUUUCAAAAAAAUAAAAACAAUUUUUUUUUAGGUUGAUGCGGCCACCAUAAAUUACGCUCGGCCAAAAGCUGCAUCUACAAGAGGGGAAAAAAUACAUAUUCGGGUAUCUCUGACAGAUAUUAGGGUAUAUUCGCUAGGUAAUGGGUGUUUUUAUGUGGAAGGCAUUUAUAAAUUGAGUUUUGGAAAUCUCGAUUAAUUUAAACUUAUGUAACGAUGGUGUAACACGCGUCAGAAUUAAACUUACGAUUAUUCUUCAUCUAAUUUUGUAAAUCUCGUUUUGUAACAAAAUUAAACCUGCUUGGUGAAACUGGCCCUAAGUGUUGUUUAUGAAUAGUGAUGCAUCAUCUGAUUCUGCUUCAACCAAAUGGUAGGUACUUUAAAAUCAAGGCUGCGUGCCUGAAACAUGUUUCUGGCAGUCAUUAGUAGGAACGAGAGAAUGACAUUGACUAUAAUGAAAUUCAGGAACUAUCCCCUUUAUGGUAUUAUUCUUUCAUCAAUUUGGAAGGUCACUGAAUAUGGCAACAUAUCAGCAAUUUCCUUUAGAGAGGCAGUUGCAAACAUUUGGCAUUUGCUGCAAUACAUAAUGUUCCAGAGGUGAAUACAGGAGCAUUAAAUUGUUUUAACACAAUAUGUGUAGAACAUAUCUAGUAUGGAGACAAAAGAAAAGUGUCUGUGGUAUCUCCACCUCUCUCACUGUUACCUUUGUAAAUAUUUGAACUUGAUUUUUGUGUUUUUUGGUAAAGCACAGGAGAUUUCUAAUAUAGAUGUUAUUACUUACAUCCAUACAACAAACAUUUGAGAACUUUUGUACUUUAACAGAAGCUUGAUUGUCAGAUGUUGGAGGAAUAAAAAUUACCAAAAUCAUGUGGUUCCAGUCAAACCAUAAAAUUUAGUCUAGCCAGAUAAGAGUUAAAAGUACUGCUGUAUGUUCCGAAUGGAGGAAAAAAAAAAAUCCAGAAAUUCAUUCUGCAACUAAUACAAAUAAAUUGCAGUGGGAAUUGCACCCAUAAAAAGAAACUCUAAAACUCAAGGCUUUUUUUACUGUUCCAUUUUCUAUAUCCAUUAACAAAAAUAUUUAAUUUGGAUACACACAUUCAAUAGAUAAUUAAAUGGCACAGAAUACAUUUGUGGAGUGUUGUGCAUCUCUUUUAUGCAGACUUCUGUCAACUCAGGUACAAUCACGUAACCAGUUAAACCCAACCAACAGAGAGUAAAGAAAACAUUUCCCCAUACCUGCCGCCUUAUCUCACUAGACUUAAAGCAAUGUCUUGCAGAGCACACAUGCGCCACAGCUAUAGCGAAUAAACAUCAACUCAAGUUUUUAAAUAAAGGUAAUAAUUUAUAUUCCAGGCAAAAAACAUAAUAAAUUUACGAGCCAGAUAUUGUAUUCUUGACCUAAUUCAUAACAGAAUAUGUACCCGCCUAGAGCUUUUAACUACAAACAGUAAAUAUUUUUUAUGUGUAAAUUUUAUACAAUGUAUACAAAUUGCAUUUAAGAAUGCUUUAUUUUUUAAAUGCAUUAAAAAUAAAAUUGCAACUAUGUACAAAGAAUGAUAAAAGACUGGUCUUUUUACCUAAGAAAUACAAUAUAUUAUAUUUUGUUGUUCGUUUGUUUAUAUUUGAGCUAACAAUUAAGAAUUUUAGUGUAUUUUGAUUUUAAAGUACAUGGACUAAGUAGUGUCCACUAUAUGCUGUUGCAAUAGUAUUUAACUAUGUAUUCAAAACACUGUGUGAUUGUGGGACUUAGACUUAUGUUUUAUAUUUUUAUAAACCAAACUUUGUUUCAAAAUACAUUUGUGUGUUAGUAUUAUAGUUAUUACAUAUGAAGUAUUGUAGUUAUAAGAUAUGAAAUGUAAGGUUUUAGCCAUGCAAGAGGUUUGUAAAUAAUUUCUUCUGUUUUAACUUUCAAAAAAACUUAUUAAAUUGUGUUUUCAUAA